UUCCUCACUUACCUCCUUCCUCUCAUCAUCCGUCAGUAGAGACCAGCUCUCGGUGCAUGUGCUUAUCAUUCAGAAGCUUGGACGACUGGUAGCCACAGCGCAAAGCACACUUUACGCACGCGGGAUGAGGCUUCGGUGCUAGCCGUCCUGGCCUCUCCUCUCGUUAAAGGAGUUCUAUCUUGGUUCCGAGUCAGCUGGGACUUAAAGCGGACCUGUCUUUCCCUGGUACUUCGAAGGUCUCCACGCGCUGGAAAUGGCAGGAGCACAACCGGGCGUCCACGCGCUACAGCUCAAGCCUGUGUCGGUGUCUGACAGCCUGAAGAAUGGGAGCAAAUUCAUGAAAUGGGAUGAUGACACCACUGCUGUCACCCCAGUGACCCUACGGGUCGACCCCCAGGGCUACUUCCUGUACUGGACGGACCAGAAUAAGGAAACUGAUGUGCUGGACAUUUCCUACAUCAAGGACACUCGGACGGGGAAGUAUGCCAAGCUGCCUAAGGAUGUGAAACUGCGUGAGCAGCUGGAUGUUGGCACUCUGGUGGGGAAGAUGGAGAACCGCAUGAUGACGGUGGUCAGUGGGCCGGACAUGGUCAACAUCACCUUCCUCAACUUCAUGGCCUUCCAAGAGGAGGUGGCCAAGGAGUGGACAGACGAGCUCUUUAGCCUGGCUUCCAACCUGUUGGCUCAGAAUAUGUCACGUGACGCCUGCCUGGAUAAAACAUACACCAGACUGAAGCUGCAGACCAACCCUGAAACCGGCAUCCCAGUGAAGAAUAUAUUCCGGAUGUUCUCAGCAGACCGGAAGCGUGUGGAGACAGCGCUGGAGAACUGCAAUCUACCGUCUGGACGGAAUGAUACUAUUCCACAGGAGGACUUUACUCCAGCGAUUUUCCGUGUGUUCCUCAAUGGCAUCUGCCCCAGACCAGACCUCGAUAUGAUCUUCUCUGAAGUCGGGGCGAAGAGCCGGCCCUACCUAACGUUGGAGCAGCUGACCGAUUUCAUCAACAAUCGCCAGCGAGACCCGCGGCUAAACGAGAUCCUCUACCCGCCCCUCAAGGCCGAGCAGGUGCAGGCAUUGGUGGACAAGUACGAGCCCAGCACCAUGCUCACCCAGAGAGGUCAGAUAUCAGUUGAAGGGUUCACGCGCUACCUGAGCGGGGAGGAGAACAGCAUCAUCCCUCCAGAGAAGCUGGAUCUGAGUGAAGACAUGACGCUCCCCCUCUCCCACUACUUCAUCAACUCCUCCCACAACACCUACCUCACAGCGGGCCAGCUGGCAGGAAACUCCUCAGUGGAGAUGUAUCGUCAGGUGUUGCUGUCAGGGUGUCGCUGUGUGGAGCUGGACUGCUGGAAGGGUCGCACCGCUGAGGAGGAGCCGAUCAUUACGCAUGGAUUCACCAUGACAACAGAUAUCUCCUUCAAGGAAGUCAUAGAGGCCAUUGCAGAAAGUGCAUUUAAGACUUCGCCAUUCCCCGUCAUCCUGUCCUUUGAGAACCAUGUGGACUCCCCGAAGCAGCAAGCGAAGAUGGCAGAGUACUGCCGGUCAAUAUUCGGAGAGGCACUGCUCAUAGAUCCACUUGAGAAAUACCCGCUGGAGCCUGGUGUGGCUUUGCCCAGUCCCAUGGACCUGCUGGGCAAGAUCCUGAUCAAGAACAAGAAGAAAUCCCACAAGGCCGAUGGCAGCACCAAGAAGAAGCUCACAGAGCAGACGUCUAAUCCCUACAGUGACACCUCCAGCAUGUGUGAGCCUUCCUCACCCAGUGCAGGGUCGACGCACCAUGAGCCGGCUGAGCGGGAGCGAGAGCGGGACCCCACACAGCAGUCCCCACCUGAGGGAAGUGAGGGAGGCUCACAAAGGAGGAAGUUUAUCGGUGAGGUGGAGGUAGACAGCGAGGAAGAGGAGGAUGAUGACGAAGAAGGAAAAAAGUCAGUGGAUGAGGACACAGCUGGCAGUGAGACAUUUGCAACUGAGGAAAUGUCCAACCUGGUCAACUACAUUCAGCCUGUGAAAUUCAACUCUUUUGAGGGAGCCAAGAAGGUCAAUCGGAGCUAUGAGAUGUCAUCCUUCGUGGAGACCAAGGCCCUGGAAAACCUCACCAAGUCCCCUGUGGAGUUUGUAGAGUAUAACAAGUUCCAGCUGAGCCGUAUCUACCCAAAGGGCACGCGCUAUGACUCCUCUAACUACAUGCCCCAGGUCUUCUGGAACACUGGCUGCCAACUGGUGGCCCUCAACUUCCAGAUGAUCGACCUGUCCAUGCAGUUGAACCUUGGCAUGUUCGAGUACAACAGGAAGAGUGGCUACCGGGUCAAACCAGAGUACAUGCGCCGCUCCAACAAGCAGUUUGACCCCUUUACAGAGCGCACAGUGGACGGCAUCGUGGCCAACACACUCUCAGUGAAGAUCAUCUCUGGACAGUUCCUCUCGGACAAGAAGGUCGGCACGUACGUGGAGGUGGACAUGUUUGGCCUUCCAGUUGACACCAAGAGGAAAGCCUUCAGGACCAAGACAUCUCCGGGAAACUCCCUCAACCCAGUGUGGGAGGAAGAGCCCAUAGUCUUCAAGAAGAUUGUCCUGCCCACUCUGGCUUCGUUGAGGAUAGCUGUGUUUGAGGAUGGAGGGAAGUUCAUUGGACAUCGGAUCUUACCUGUCUCAGCUAUUCGACCAGGUUACCACUAUGUGGCUUUGAGGAAUGAGAAGAACCAGUGUUUGACACUGCCCACUCUGUUUGUCUGCAUUGAGGUGAAGGAUUAUGUACCCGACACAUUUGCAGAUGUGAUUGAGGCCCUGUCCAACCCCAUUCUCUAUAUCAGUCUGAUGGAGCAAAGAGCCAAUCAGCUGGCCGCCCUUACGCUGGAGGAGGGAGGAGAGGAGCCCGAGCACAAAGAGGUGGAGAAGGGCGGGGACUCACCCUCGGAACACAAAGCUGAGCCCAAUCCACUUCCUGCUGAGAACGGCAUGAACCACGCCCCUCUCAUCACCACCAAACCCCCGUCUGUUAACCAGCAGCCACCGCCUACAGCUAAACCUGCAGUGAAAUCGGAGGACAUCAUUCAGACUGUGCUGACAGACGUGCAGGCCCAGUCUCUGGAGGAGCUGAAGCAGCAGAAGGCGUUUGUGCGCGAGCAGCGGCGGCAGUACAAGGAGCUCAAGGAGCUGGUCAAGCAGCACCACAAGAAGACGGCCGAGCUCAUCAAGCAGCAGACGGCCAAGCACAGCGAGCUCAAUGCCCAGCUGCUGCGCCGACGCUCCUCCCUGCAGAAGAGUGCCCGAAGAGACGGUAAGAAAAGAUCUGACUCUCAGCACAGCCUGAGCGCACUGGAGCAGGAGCUGGCAUCUCUGGAGGAGGAGAGUAGCCGGCGACUGACCGAGCUCAAGGAUCAGCAACAGCAGGAGCUGCUCCAACUGCGCCAGGAACAGUACUACAGUGAGAAGUACCUUAAGCGGGAGCACGUCAAACAGCUCGUAGAAAAGCUCACAGCUGUAGCUGAAGAGUGUCAGAACAGCCAACUGAAGAAACUGAAGGAGCUGUGUGAAAAGGAGAAGAAGGACCUGAAGAAGAGGAUGGACAAGAAGAGACAAGAGAAGAUCAACGAGGCCAGGUCACGAGAGAAGAAUGUUACAGACGAGGAGAAGCUGGAAAUCAACAGGACAUUUGUCAACGAGGUGGUCCAGUACAUAAAACGGCUUGAAGACGCUCAGAGCAAACGUCAGGAGAAGUUACUGGACAGACAUAAAGACAUCCGGCAGCAGAUCCUGGACGAGAAGCCAAAGUUGCAAGGCGAGCUGGACCAGGAGUACCAGGACAAGUUCAGGCGACUUCCGGUGGAGAUUCAGGAGUUUGUGCAGGACACGGCUAAAGGCUGCCUGCACCUCUCCAAAAUGUCCAUCUCCACGACAACCGAGAGACUGAACAGCAAAACAUCGCCGUCUGAGGAGGAUGUAGAUGAAAGUCCGUCCGAAAGGGUGUUUGACACACCCUUCUGAAACCGUCCCACACACACACACACACACACACACACACACACACUUCUGAAACUGUCCCACACACACACACACACACACACACACACACGCACAGACACACACACAGACACACACACACACACACACACACACACACACACACACACACACACUGUACACACACAAAGCUCUCACAUAUGCACACUUACACUCUCAGAAUCUGUAGUUCUGUUGGCAUAUGUAAAUACCUAUUUUUAAUUUCUAUGUUGUUCUGAUCUCUUUUAAACCUUCGGGUACGACCAUAGUUAAAAUAGAGAUUUUGCUUAAAGACAGAGAGAACGAAAAAAAAGGACUUACUUGAACUACUGUGUUGCACGACUGUUUCCGAUGUGUACUCUUAAGAUUAUUUAGUCCUAUGGGAACCUCAUAUUGUGGACUGUUUUGUGGAGUAACAUUGCUAGUAAGUGGACUUAUACUACUACAUGUGCACUAAAAACUCUACCCUAGCAAGAGUACCAUCAUCAUCAUAAAUUAUAAUCGUUUUUAAUAAUAUUGAAGAGAGCUAAUGUUGGAUUUUUAUCGAAUGCCAUGAGAGUUUGUGUUGCCAGAUUCCAAAACCCCUAAAGCCUCUCUGUCUUCGGUUCGGCUUGGGUUAGGAGCCCUUUUCGUUAGCUGUGUGUGUGUGUGUGUGUCGGAGGGUAGGGACCAAGGGUGAGGAGACCCCCACCCACCCCCCUCCACCACCACCAGGUGCUCUCCUAUAACCAGGAUCGCCACUGUUGCAGUAGUACUGCAGUUCUCCUCCAGGUUUACCUGAAGUCUCCUCACCUUAAAUGGUUCGACCAGCAGGGUCUGGAAAAACCUCUGCACCUGUUAGAGUGAGGGACGUCUUGUUGUGGACAGACAGAAGGGGUUUGGUUCCUGGGGAACACACCUCUGUGUGUUGGGCAUGAGGUAGACAUGAGUGACUCAAGGGAAUUUACUACUGCAUCUUUAGUACAACCCUCCUGGACAAGAAGACACCUGAGAAGAGUAAUGGAUUAGAAUAAUGGAUUAUAAAAGAAAAGAAUGUGGAUUCCAUAGUGGGCGAUCUGAUGUAUGUAUUUAUUCACAGGUGAAGUGACCUGGGCCGUGGUAGAUUGGCGUUGAGGUUGCAGAUUGACUAUGCCACUGUACGUUAUACGAGGUCAGACCGAAAUGUCUGCCCCUGGACAGUGAGAGGGUGUUAUAACCACAAAGCAGGUUACACUCACCCAGAUGACUGCAGGUGAACCUGAAUUGGCACUUUCAACACAUGUGCAGAAGUUAGAGAUUGCUCAGAUUUUGAAGAACGCUCAGAAUUGUGAGGUUUUCAGCUUUCCCGUAUCACAGUCGAUCUGGCCAACCCAAAACCUUGCUUCCUAGUGCCGUCCUGUUCUGUGACUCACCACUGGUCUUCUGUUUUCCUUAAGACUGCUGCUGCAUCGAUAGGUCAUUCAUAACUGUGGUAAUGUGUCUUGUAAGAUAUUAUUUGAGGUUUUAACAUAUUUUGUAGAAAUUUGGUCAAUUCCAUAUCUUCUUUUACAUUUAAUAUAUUUUACAACUUUUUUUGUUUGUGUAUUUGUUUUUGUUUUGUUUUUAAGAUUAUAAUAAUAACCAAACUAGGAAUGGUUUGGGUUUGGGAGUGAAUGAUAUUUCAUGCACCUGCAUGUGUUGUACACUUGUAAAUGUCUGGUAUGAUGCAUUAACAUAGAAAUGUAAAUAAAAACAUUGAUGAUGAUAAAGAAAUGAUACAUAUACUAUAUCAAGAUUACCCAUACAUGCAUAGUAUAUACAUAUUCAUAACCUUUGAACCCCUUACAUAGUUUCUGCUCAAAUAAACGCCAAUCUACACAUUUCACAGACACAGCAUGUGUCCUGCAGCAUUUAUUCCAUAGAUGAUUCUCUCUCUCUUGGACCCUGUUUACAUUAGUUUUUAUGAUUUGUCUUGGGUGAUCCAAUCACAGGUGGGCAGUUCUAAAUACAAGGGUAAACAACCACCAAGACACAUUGUGAUCCAAUCACUCAAACCACUUGUCGAGGUGGUCUGAGACGCAUUUGACCACAUAUCUUUUGUAGUGUAGACGCUAAUGGAUUCUGAUGCAUCCCAGGCAAUGGGAGUUCUAAGGAAUGUGAUGCUAACAAUAGCAGAAUCUAAACACAGGUGGUCAGCAACGUCUGGCUGUACACCUUGAAUGUGUAUGUGUGUAAACCGCAAUGUGUCUCGGCUGAACACUUGUGAUCGGAUCACCCAGACGUAUUCUAAAACAACGCAAACAGGCCUGUAGAUUCUGUCUUUGAAGGUGAAGCAUGUGAUUCUGGCGUAAGGUAGUUUAUAUUUGAGCAGCCAACCAAACAACAUCCUUUCCUUCCUGAUGCAACAUGUUGCUGGGAUUGUUUAUGUCUGAGCCACUGUGUUUGCUUCCCGUUCACAGUGGCAGUACUGCGUAGGAACGCCAGAGGUUUUGUUUUUGUUUUGGUUUGUUUGUUUUAAUCACACACUCUAAACACACAACUAUAGAGCUAUAUGACAAGCAAUCAGCUGAAUUUGGCAAAAAGGGAACUAUGUAAAUUUGGUGAUUAGUGAAUUGGG